AAUUCUGUAUGUUAGAGUUUAAACUGCGCCAUUUCGUAAACAAAGCAGGAACCAUUUUCUGACUAAUCUGUAGUCGGGUUUUGAUGUCAUAUGAUCAUUAAUACCCAAGUUUACUUGUAGGUUACAGACUCUAGAAUCCAUAUAUUUUUAAAAGGAACAUUGAGGAGAUUCAGACGACGUAAAAGAUGGGCUGUAUUAUAGGCUCGCUUGCCUGUUGUUGUGGCAGUGCUGCGUGCAGUCUUUGCUGUGCGGCUUGUCCCUCAUGUAAAAAUUCCACAGCGUCUCGAAUUGCUUAUUCCCUAUUGUUAAUUAUGGGGACCAUUGUAGCCAGCAUCUUCCUUGUUCCUGGACUUCAAACGGAACUGGAAAAGAUACCAGCGCUGUGCAAGGAUUUCAACAUACACACGGUACAAGUGUACGAAAAACUCCUGGACUGUAAGGAUGUGGUGGGCUACCUCUCGGUGUAUCGGAUCUGCUUUGCCAUGACGGGUUUCUUUUUCCUCUUCUGUUUGAUAAUGAUCAAUGUGAAAUCAUCCAAAGAUCCCAGGUCUGGCAUCCAAAAUGGUUUUUGGGCCAUCAAGAUUCUUGUUUUGAUUGCAAUCUGUGUUGGAGCCUUCUUCAUUCCUAGAGGUGAAUUUGGCAUCGCGUGGAUGUAUGUUGGCUUAGUGGGAGCCUUUCUCUUCAUAAUCAUCCAACUGAUUCUCUUGAUUGACUUCGCGCAUGGUUGGGCAGAAAGCUGGGUGGAGAAGUACGAGGAGACAGAAUCUAAGUGCUACUAUUUUGGCUUGCUGUUCUUCACUUUUGUGUUCUACGUCCUGGCCAUUGUUGCUGUUGUUUUAUUCUACGUUUACUACGGCAGUGCUGAAAGUUGUGGAUUACACAAGUUCUUCAUAAGUUUUAACUUGAUCCUAGCAGUUGCCAUAUCUGUCAUUGCCAUUUUACCCAAAAUACAAGAUGUGAAUCCCCGCUCUGGUCUGCUGCAGUCCUCUAUUAUGACUUUGUACAUUAUGUACCUCACCUGGUCUGCCAUGUCCAACAAUCCAGAUAAGACUUGCAACCCCAACCUGGAACACCUGUUUUUGAAUGGCAGUAGUGCAGACAAUGGAAACGGUGAUUUUGUAAAGUCCAACAGCUUUGAUUGGCAGAGUCUCCUGGCUCUACUGUUGUGGAUUCUGGCUGUGCUCUACUCAAGCAUCCGCACCUCUAGCAACAGUCAGGUUGGAAAGUUAACCAUGUCAGAGAGAACUGUACUUCAGGCUGAUUCAGGUGAUGCUCAGCUUAUUGAUGGUGACAGUUACAGGGGUGCGUCUGAUUCUGGUGAUGAGGAGAAAGGGAAACAACACGUGUGGGACAAUGAGGAGGAGAUGGUGGCCUACAGCUACUCAUUCUUUCACUUCAUGCUGGCACUGGGUUCUCUGUACGUGAUGAUGACUCUCACAAACUGGUACAGUCCAAGUUCAGAUUUCAAGACUCUGAAUGCCAACAUGCCCUCAGUCUGGGUGAAGAUUGUGUCCUCAUGGGUAUGUGGUGCCCUCUAUAUCUGGACCCUGGUUGCUCCAAUGGUAAUGCGGAAUCGAGAGUUCAGUUAAACUGACAAUAGAGUUAUCGGAGAUUUAUCCAGAACACUUCAUUCAUCACCAGAGUAUAAACACAAUGGUGUUUUCUUUUAGUUAUGUUGUGUAUUGCACAUUUUGUUUUGUUUCAACAUGAAAUUUAAUUAACCUUUUUUUUGUUAAAGGAAUGUAAACAGAAAAGUACAUGUAUUUUCAUGAAUGUCUUAUUGACUAAGUGUUUAAUAUUAAAUGAAUGUGAAAUAGUUUUUAUUGAUACAUGUUCAUUUACAUCAAAUCUUAAGAUUUCUGUCUUUCAUGAUCAUAAAUAAUGGUAUAUACCGGUACGAUAUUCACUGUACUUCAGUAUGAUUUUCCAUCUGAAUUAGAGGAUUACAGUGCAACAUUAUGCUGAGCUAGACUUAGAUUGGAAGCUCGCACGACCGACAUAUUUAUACUUAUUUGUUAAAACUUUCAAAUUCCUUUUCAAAGAAUAUCGUCCAACUACAGCUCUAUUUGGAUCCUCAUUUCUUUGUUUGAUGAUGAACAAUACAAUAUCCGAUAUUAAUGUUCAAAAUUAUAGAUUUUUUAUACAUCACUGAAGACAUUGAAUGUUUUGAUGCUUAAUUGUAAGACUUGAAUUCGUGGAUGAUUUUCUUAAUCAAGACAUUUAGAUUUUGUUUCUGAAUUAUUAUCAAAAUGUAUGGUGUUAAAUAAAUGUUGUAAUUGCUUCUGUUCAUUAAACUGUGAUAUUUCAUUUUGUAAAAUUACAUUAAACUUGAUGUCUAUAAUCUCA